AACGUUACCUAGAACAUGUAACAUCUUAUUAAUUUUAUAAACUUUGUUUAUAACGAUCGUGAUAGAAUUGUACGACGUUUUAAAUCUCGAUUUGUAACAAUGUUAAUCUCAAGAGGUUUAAAUCUUUUGAAGCACACGUCGAAACAUGUGAAGAGGAAAAAUAUUUUAAUGAAUAAUCAACCUAUUCGAUUUUCAUCACAUGGAGAAUGGUCUUAUAGAGAAAUAACCAAAGAACCAAAUAAACAUUUUAUAUUAGCAGCUGAAGUUCUUGGCGGCAUUGCAUGGUGGUGGUUUUUAUAUAGAAUGUGGCACGAUUAUAAACAUCUUAUUGGACAUUUUGAAUAUCCAAAUCCAUCAAAAUGGACAGAUGAAGAAUUAGGAAUACCACCAGACGAUUAUGAUUGAUCAACAGUAUAUUUCUGUAGAUAAUUUGUUUUCUAUUCUGUCAAUAAAUCUGAGUAACAAGAUAAACCUUUGCCUAGGAUUCUAAAAUAGUAGGUACACUACUAUAAAAAUAAAGUGGAAUUAUUUGUAGUACAAUUGUAUAGUAAAUUAAUAAACUUGUACUACUUAUAAAAGUUGCUAUUAAAAGCACUUUAUUCAAUAAUAUUUAUACACCAUAUAAACCAUAUAAAUCUAAUUAUUGUUUUGUUUAUGUCUAAUUAAAAAUCAAUACCAAAAAAAACAACAUUUCAAGAUUUAAUUGUUAUGCUUUACAUACAUAUAUAUAUAUAUAUAUAAUAUUAUUUAAUUACAUGUUGGCACUCUAAUAGAAAUUGUUUUAGUUUCAAGGUAUUCUUUUAAACCUUCUUCUCCCCUGAAACAUACAUUUUAAUCAUAAUAUCUUAUUUUAAAGAUUUUAGUUUGAUAAUAACUUACAUUUCACGUCCUAUUCCUGACUUUUUGUAUCCACCGAAUGGUGUUUGUGGUGUUAUAACAUCAUAAUGAUUCACCCUAAAUUAGAAUACCAUUUUAUACACUAUUCAUCAUUUUUCUUCAUGCAUAUUAGUAAUUAUAAAUUAUCAUAUGGAUGAACAUAAUAAUAUAAAAAAUUAUUAUUUUCUUACCAAAUACUUCCAGCUUCCACUGCCUUUGCAAAUGUUAUUGCUUUAUCAAUAUUAUUAGUUAAUAUACCAGCAGCAAGACCAUACGUAGUUUUAUUAGCACGUUCAAUAACUUCUUCCAUAGUAUCAAACUUCAAAAUACAUUGUACCGGACCGAAAAUUUCUUCAGUAGCAAUUUUCAUUUUAUCCGUUACAUUGGAAAAAAUGGUAGGCUUUUAACAUAAUUACAAUUUUAUAUUUUAGAAAAUUGUAAAAUAAACAACAAAAUAUAUAAUAAUUUAAUGAAAUAAAAUAUCAAUACCUUUAUAAAAAAGCCAACAUUACCAUAACGUUCGCCACCUGUUUCCAAUACAGCUCCUUCCUCUUUUCCAGAUUUUAUAAAAUGCAGAACUUUAUUAAACAUCUUUUCAUCAACUUGUGGUCCCUGUUUUGUUUCAGAAUUAAAGGGAUCUCCAAGUUUUACUUUAAGAGCUAAUUGUUUUGCAUAAUCUACAAAUUCAUCGUAUAUCUUUGAUUGUACAAACGUACGUGACCCUGCACAACAACUCUGACCAUGAUUUGCAAAUAUAGCAUCAUGGGCUAUCGCAGCAGCUUCCUUAACUAAAAUAUUUUUAUUCCAUUUAUUUUUAUCUUUCUUUGAUAUAAAUUUAAUUCAUAAUAAUUAUAUAUAUAUUUACCAUCAAAGUCAUCGAAGAUAACAAGCGGACUUUUACCACCUAAUUCAAGACUCACUCGUUUGAGAUUACUUUUGGCAGAAGCUUCCAUGAUAAGAUGGCCAACCUAAAAAUAACAAAAUGAUAUUUAAUGGCAAAAUUUAAAGAUAUUAUACAAAACGAUAAAAAUACGAUAAUUACUUCAACUGAUCCUGUGAAAGUGACUUUGUUAAUAUCUGGAUGUUUAGCUAUAGCAGCUCCUGCCGUUUGUCCAUAUCCUGUAAUAAUAUUAACAACACCAGGUGGGAAUCCUGCCUCUUUGAUUAAUGCAGCUGCAUACAAAGCACUUAAUGGGGUUUGUUCAGCUGGUUUCAGAACAAUGGUACAACCUGCAGCUAAAGCCAUAGCAAAUUUCCAUGCUAACAUCAUAAAUGGAUAAUUCCAUGGGAUGAUUUGACCAACGACUCCUACUGGUUCCUUACGUGUAAAUACAAUAGAAGAACCAUCUAGAAAGUAAUAGUAUCAGAAAAUUAUUAUUUUUUUCUAAUAUAUAUAUAUAUAUAUAUAUAUAUAUAUAUAUAUAUAUAUAUGUAUAUAAAGAUAAUAUAAUUUUUAAUAUAAUAUUAUUGAAUUUACCUGCAGGAAUAGUUUGACCAUGUAUUUUAUCAGACCAUCCAGCGUAAUAACGAAGCACAUCUAUGCUAAAUUUUAUAUCAUUAACAGCAUCAGCAUAUGUUUUUCCAUUAUCAAUUGUGUCAAGACUUGCUAUGUAAUUUAAAUCUCGCUGUACAAGAUCCGUAAACUGAAUAAAGACACAGAACAGUAUAUUUAUGAAGAAUAUAAUAUAAUUAUAUACAUUUAUAACUAAUAUAUUAAAAACACAUAAAUAAUAAUACUUUGUGUAUAAGCUUUCCUCUGAGUGAUGCAUCCAUUGUUCUCCAUUCUGAACAUCUUGAAAAUGCUUUUUUUGCAGCUGCUACAGCUUUAUUAACAUCAGCCUAUGAAGAUACGUUAAAAAUUUUUCACUUUGUAAAUCUUAAAUUUGAUAAAAAAAAAAAAACAAAAAAAAAAGAAAAAAAAAAGAAAGAAAGAAAAGAAAAAAAAAAUUU